CGACUUUUUAUUUCUUGGGACACUUGCGCCUGUCAGGCAUUCUUGUGUCCGAGCGUGCAGCUUGCCAGAGGUAUCGUUGUAUCAGGACACUUGGCGAGACGACCAGCGGCCCAACAUUCAGCAGUGGUGAGGCUCUCCCAGCGAAAAAGGCACGAGAUAGCAUCUCAACAAGCCCUUCGCAAGGACAGACGCGAGGCGACACCACCACACCAGAGGCAGCAAGCCCAGCUUUUACCGCUGAGGGACCCAAGAUUGGGAAGCUAGCAGAGAGAGUGGGGGCCACAAAUAGCAUGUGGACAAUGGGCUCUCCAUUUGACGCCCCCCUUCCUAGAUUCCAGCAGGCAGCAGCCAACCUCAGCAGCAACAUCGGCCCCAACGCUAAGAAGCCCCCUCUGAGUCCCAGUCUGCCCAUCGAUGGAGAGAAAUCGCUGCAGGAGGCUAGAAGUCCCCAGAAGGGGCCUGGUCUGGACUUUGGAUCCUCUCCAUCCCUAGAGCACAGCGCCAGCCUCAGCAACAUUUCGCGCCGCAGGAUAAGCACCUCUGUCAGGAGCGAGUUCCCCUCGUCCCACUCCCUGCCCUUCGUUCAGAAAUUCGCGGCGGAGACCAAAAUGGUAACGAGCGAUGCGCUGGAGAUUCCUUCCUGCAGUUCGAGCGAGCCGCUGCAGGCGCAGGUAUCGCUGCCGCCAGUAUCCUCGCUGCUGCUGCCGCAGCCGGCCGGCUUCCGCUGGUUCCCCCGCAACUUCACCGGCAUACUGGCAGCUACCGGGAUGCUGGCGCUGCUGGUGAUGUCCGUAGUCAUCCUGUGGCCACCAGCUGGCGGCUCGGCAGUCAUCAGCCAGCCCCUGCAGCAGGCCCCCUCCAUCGGGCACCCCCGCAAGUUCUUCGACAGGAUCUUCAACGGCAACCAGCCACAGCAGAUGGAGCACUUCACUGCAGCGCAGGGCGCCGGCUGGGGCACCGGUUUUGGCCUGGAAGAUUCCUCGCAGCCCCUGGGCCUAGAAGUGAUCCCCUCGGACGACUUCACAAACUUCGUGGCCACGCACCUCGGCUGGGAGGACGACGAGCCCGUCACGGACUCCAUCGCCGAAGCGCGGUUCGAGGCGGCUGAGGCGGCUAACGACCACCUGCCGCUCGCUGGCGGGUUUGGUGAGGGAUUAGUCACCAUCGACGCAAAGGGGGUGGACCACAUGGCGCACGCUAUCUCCGCCGCCGUGGCCGCCAGCGCCAAAACAGGUGCCGCCGCGAAUUCGAAUUCAAACUCCGCUGACGCGGCCGCCAAAUCUGGCGCGGCCAUUGAGGGGCGCAAGGAACUGGAGACCGGGGGGACUGCGGCAACGGCGACUACGGGGACUACGGCGGCAAAGCCGGCGAACGCGGCGUCCGGAGUAAUUCCCCAAGAGACCGUUCGCACCGGCAACCCUUUGGCCAAUAGCAUCGGGGUUGCCGACCCCGGGAACCUGCUGGACAGCGACUCCACCACUCCUGUCACGAAUGCUAAUAAGCCGCGCAUAGCAGUGCAGCCGGGGGUGGCCGGGGGAGUGAACAGCGCCAACAACCAGAUGGCGAGCACCUUCACAGCCACCACCCAGCCGAGGGUUGCAGUGCAGCCCACCGUCGCGGGGGGGACCAACACCGGCUCCCAGAUGAACGGGGGGACCACCUCCACAGCUGCAGGCACCAUGGGGGCCACCCAGGUCGUGGGGACCAAGCCGACUGGCUCCUCUGCGAGUUCCUCGGGCUCUGGCUCGUCUGGCGCAACUGCCAGCAGCCUUCGCAGUAGCAGCGGUGGCCGCGCCACGGGCAGUGGAUCUUCUGCUCGCGGAGCAGGCACGGGCACUGUGGGAUCCAACCAGCCGCUGGAGAACAUAGCGGCCGGCCAGACAGUGACCGUGAGCCAGGCCGAUUUGUCAUCGUCCACCUCAGCGAGCGGGGGCUCCAGCGCCGGCAGCACCUUCAAGCCCCUUGCCGGAUGA